AAGUGAAGCGCGGUCUGUUUUUGAAUCCCGGAAAAAAGAAACUGUCCGGUCUCACCACGAUGGCUCAAGGGAACAAAUUUCAGGACUUGGAGGAGACGGCCGAGGCCUUGGUGGCGUUCAUCAACAGCGGGCAGCUGGAGCAACUGAGCCGAGUGAAAGUUGAACAUAAGGCUCUUUUUGACCAACACGUAGAGACCAAAAAGAUUGUGACACAGAUUUUAAAAGAUGUGGCUCAGGUCGAGGAGAGCGCGGGUCAGAGGCUGCUCGACAUGGAGGAGGAGAAAAAGCACCGCGAGAUGGAGCUGGACAGUCUGGAGGAGCAGCUGAAGAAGUGCACGGCCAAGAGCCAGAUCACAGAGUCCGAGCUGCAAUUCCUGCAGAGAGAGUUUGAGAGUCUGAGGACCGCUGAACACGAGCUUCAGAAUCUACAGAACGAGGUGGAUGAAGACACCACCGAGGUCAUCCCCUCAGCUGUGUACGUGUCUCAGGUGUACUACCUGAUAACAAAGAUCAAGUGGGAAUACAACACACAACCCGGCGUCUUGAAAGGAGUUCAUUACGGUGCAGAUUUAGCCACGCCCAUCAACAUCGACACGUCUGUGCGAUCUCGGAGCGACGUCAGCGACCAGCUGUGGGGCUUCGUCAGCGCCGAAUGGUAGAUUGACGGAUGGUGGUGGUGGUGAAGUCCACGGUGCUGUGUAAAAUAUUUAUGUUAGUCUGUGAACGUGUUUGUUUCCUUUUCUUCUCUUUGACACUUUUAUUGUUUUUCUAAUUAAAUUUCUCACAUUUGGUUAAGAA